ACACGUCAUGCAAACAGCAGCGUUAACCUUCUGAGCAUGCGCGGAAACCAACUCCUUCAACGGCAGCGGUCUGAAGAGGAGCAGUGAACGAUGAUGAAGAUGCUGAACGUGGUUCUGGUCCUGGCUCUGCUGGGUCUGGGUUCAGGAGAGGAGGGGGCUCGUCUGCUGGCCUCCAAGUCUCUGCUGAACCGAUAUGCUGUGGAGGGUCGAGACCUGACGCUGCAGUACAACAUCUACAAUGUGGGCUCCAGUGCUGCUCUGGAGGUGGAGCUGUCUGAUGACUCGUUUCCACCUGAGGACUUCGGGAUUGUUUCAGGGAUGUUGAACGUCAAGUGGGACAGAAUCGCUCCAGCGAGUAACGUCUCUCACACCGUGGUGCUGCGCCCCCUAAAGGCCGGGUACUUCAACUUCACCUCUGCCUCUGUCAGCUACCUGGCCCAGGAGGGAGGGCAGGUUGUGGUUGGAUACACCAGCGCCCCCGGACAGGGAGGCAUCCUGGCUCAGAGGGAGUUCGACCGCCGCUUCUCCCCCCAUUACUUGGACUGGGCUGCGUUUGGCGUCAUGACUCUGCCCUCCAUCGGCAUCCCGCUGCUCCUCUGGUACUCCAGCAAGAGAAAGUAUGACUCCCCGAAGGCCAAGAAGAACUGAUGUCACACGCCUGAGGGGGGGCGGGCUGAGGGUUUUUGAGGGGGUUGGGUAGAGGGCUGAGGGUUGUGCGGGACGGGGGGUCUGCAAGGAGCUUAAUAACCCAUAUUGGGGUGAAAGUUGAAUUAAACACAGAGACCAAUAAAGUGACGAUUUGAUUUAAUGUGAACACAUUCAGAGUUCAAAUCAAACUUUGAACGCACACGCUCACACACCUCUAGGUGUGUGUGUGUGUCGCUUCUUCAUGUCUGUAAACAGAAACUGUUUAUUACUCUAACACGUGAUGAUUAUGUAGUGUUGUGUUACUUUAAUAAAAAGUAUCGUUUGUUUUGAACUCUGACAUCAGGAGUCAGGAGACGGUUUGUGGAUCUUUGAGAUAAACUAAUAAAAUCGAGGUGUUUUUUUCUAAA